UGUGCUUACCAACGAAGUCCUCGGGAUCAAUACCAGGGCAGACGACUCAACCAACGGCUUUCCUUGGACCUCCCCUGCUCCCAACUCUCCCAGCAUCCUACUUGCUGAGCUGCUGGUAUGGAGAGGCCCAAACUGGAGCCAGUGCAUGGAGUCUCCAUGCUGGACUUCAUAGCGAGGGACUGCAGCCUGGUGGAGUCGUUUAAAGCCAGGCCCGGAGACCUCCUCAUAGCGACUUACCCCAAGGCGGGCACCACGUGGACCCAGGAGAUCGUGGUACUAAUUCAGAGUGGAGUGGACGUGGAGUACUGCAAACGCAGCCCUGUGUAUGAGAGGAUCAUCUUCAUGGAGUGGACUGUUCCUGGUCGCGUGGCUACAGGAGUGGAGGUGCUGAAUGAUUUGCCGUCUCCUUGUACGCUUAAGACUUAUCUCCCCCUACAUUUGCUAUCUCCUCCCCAGGUGAUCUACGUCGCAUGUAACGCCAAGGACAACGCUGUAUCCGCCUUCCACUUUGAAAAUAUGAACCAGCACCAGCCAGGGCCUGGCACUUGGGAGGAAUACCUGCAUCGCUUCAUGACCGGCAAUGUGUGCUGGGGCUCGUGGUAUGAUCAUGUGACCGGGUGGUGGAAUGUGAGGGAGCGGCACCGGAUUCUCUACCUCUUCUUCGAGGACAUGAAGGAAGACCCCAUGCGUGAGGUGUCCCGCAUCGCUCGCUUCCUGGAGCGGCCGCUGUCCGAGCAGCAGCUGCGUGAGGUGGUGAAGCUCACCUCCUUUCCCGUGAUGCGCGACAACCCCAUGACGAAUUACAGCACCGUGCCCACGGACUUCAUGGACCACUCCGUGUCGCCCUUCAUGCGCAAGGGGGAGGUGGGUGACUGGAGGAAUGACUUCUCUGCUGCUCAGUUGGAGGCUUUUGAGCAGCACUACAAAGAUAAAAUGGCUGCCACUGACCUGUGCCUGAGAGACUGUCUGCCCUGAAGGCAGGCGUCUUUCCCACUGCUCCUGACUGUAUCCAUGAUCUUAUUUGGCUAUAAGUAAUGAUACUUAUACUAAUUUCACAUUAUAUAUAGCGUCAUUCAUGCUGAUUGUAUCCCACAACGCUGUACAAUAAAUAUGUACAUAAUCACAUUUAGGGGUGAAUCCUAUUUAAACCAAUUAUGAAGUAAAGGGAAACUCUCAGGAAAUAAAUAAGUAAGGUUGCUAUACUCGUGAGUUACGAAAAAAUCGGGACACAUGAGGAAGAAUAAGGCAAUCUCACCAUUUCAAAAGAGGUAAAAGAUUCAUGUAAAUACCUUCUUU